GGUCUGUAUUAGAUGAGCUUUGGGUUAGUUUGAAACUGUCUGCUGCCCGGACCCUCGAGAUAAGACCCCAUCUCUCGUUCGUCCUAGUGAGAUCUCAGAAAUCAACUAGUCAUGGCUGACACGGAAAACGUCGUGGAGGAGGAAGUUCAGGAAGUGGAGGAAACGGAAGAGGAAGUGGAAGUGCCGCCUCCAUCAGAGGAAGAACCAGCCCCUGAGGAGGAAGAGCCUGUGGAAGUACAAGAAGAGCCAGAACCUGAACCACAAGCUCCCGUGGAGGAGGAGGUCACAGAUGAGACUAAACCAAAGCCAAAAUUCAUGCCAAAUAUCAGUGCUCCAAAGAUUCCUGAAGGAGAGAAGGUGGACUUUGAUGACAUCCACAGAAAGCGUCAGGAGAAGGAUUUAUCUGAGCUUCAGUCUCUGAUCGAGGCUCAUUUCAUCCAGAGGAAGAAAGAUGAAGAGGAGCUGAUCGCUCUGGUCAACAGAAUCGUAAGUCGUUCAUGA